GAGGUCAGAUAAGCCCAAGAUAUGCACGCUCCUCUCGUAAUUGCUGAUUUAGCAUUAAUUCAGUAUCGUUAGCGUUGUGUAACUGGCUGCAGCAAGUUGUCGAGAUGAGCAAAGAAGAGCCCUCAACCAGUCAGAUGCUGCCCCUGGCUUUGGGCGUGGGAAUUGUAGUCGCCUCUUUCGUUAUCUACAAGCUGUAUUUCUCCAGGCCGAAUUCAUCCAAAGGGACCAAGGGCCGGAAGGUGCUGCUUGAGGACCCGCAAGUCAAGUACCAACUUCCCUUGAUUGAGAAAACGGUCAUUAGCCACGAUACCCGCAAUUUCAGGUUCGAGCUUCCCUCCAAAGAUCAUGUGUUGGGACUUCCCAUUGGCCAGCACAUCCACAUCUCUGCGCGGAUUAACGAGCAGAUGAUCAUCCGCUCGUACACGCCAGUGUCUUCCGACGACGACCACGGCUAUGUGGAUCUGGUCGUCAAGGUUUACUUCAAGAACGUCCACCCCAAGUUCCCCAACGGGGGAAUAAUGACGCAGCACUUGGAGAGUUUGAAGAUCGGCGAUACCAUCGACGUUCGGGGACCGUCAGGGCGGCUCCAGUACACCAGCCCGGGGACGUUUUCUAUAAAAAAAAUGCGUAAGGACCCGGCCACCAUUGUUAAGGCCACUAAGGUCAACUUGAUCGCUGGGGGCGUUGGCAUUACUCCCAUUCUGCAGCUGAUCAGGCAGAUUGCCAAGGACGAAAGCGAUGAGACGCAAGUGGCUACAUUGUUCGCCAAUCAGACGGAGAGCGACAUUCUGCUGCGGCAGGAGCUGGAAGAAGUGGUGGCGAAGUACCCGAAUCAGUUCAAGCUAUGGUACACCUUGGACAAGGCGGAACCAGGUUGGAAGUACAACACAGGAUUCAUAAACGAAGAAAUGCUUCGCGAGCAUUUAUUCGGCGCGGCCGAAGAUACGGUAACGUUGAUGUGCGGCCCCCCACCGAUGAUCAACUUCGCCUGCAUCCCCAACUUGGAGAAGCUGGGACACAACAAGGACCUCCUUUUUGCCUAUUGAGUGGUUGUCGGAAUAAAUUAGUGAUUGUUUUAGAAA